CUAUUCUGUGUUCCCUAGUCUUUUUCUUCCCUUUACUAGAUUUAAUUUUCUAAGCUUAUUCAACACACACUUUCUCAGCAUUUUCCUAGCCAUGUCCACCUCUAGAACCUCAAACACUUCCCUCAAAGCAUAUGAUCAAAAUCAAACACAGAUUAAUCUAUCUCUUCUUCAACGAAACACAUCGCCAGCUUGCGGCGAAAAAAGAGGCAGAAGAAAGCAAACAGAACCAGGUAAAUUUCUUGGUGUAAGAAGAAGACCUUGGGGUAGAUAUGCUGCUGAAAUUAGAGAUCCUAAUACUAAAGAAAGACAUUGGCUUGGAACAUUUGAUACUGCUCAAGAAGCUGCUUUUGCUUAUGAUAGAGCUGCUCUUUCCAUCAAAGGUAGCCAAGCUAGAACAAAUUUCAUAUAUUCUUCUUCUUCUAAUCAUCAUGAUCAUGAUACCAAUCUUCAUGAUUUGAAUGUUCAAUCUCUCUUACCAUCUUCAAACUUAAACAUCAACAACACUACUCACAACAAGAAAACACAACCAACCAAUCACAUUGAAAAACAAAGUUCUUCCAACAUGAACAAUGACAACAUGUGUCAUGUUCAUGAACCAUAUGAUAAUUUCUUCUUUUCCAAUGAUUCUUAUAAAUCGGGCUAUCUUGAAUGCAUUGUUCCUGUUAAUUGUUUCAAUCCUGUUUCAAACUUUGGUAAUGCAAGUGCUUCAAGUGAACAGCAACAAAAUGUUGUUGAUUCCAUUAGCACAACAAACUUUGGUCAAUCAUUUUUUGAUUACAAUGCAUUUUCUCAACAAGACUUAAGCAUGCAAAAAAUGGCCACAAGUGAAACUAGUGAUCAAGAUUUAUGGGAUUACUGCAAUUACAAUGAACUUUCAGCUAUUUUUAACAAACCAGUAAGGAGUGAAGAAGAAUCGUGUAUGUAUGCAUUAUGUCCUUCCAUGACAACUAAUGAUGUUUCUUCAACUACCUAUUCAUCUUUUGGAGAUGUUAACAUGGGAUACUCACUCUUCUAGUUCUAAGAUCUUCUUAUAUAUGUACCUUUUAUUUUUUUUAAGAAAAGGGGUGUCUUAGAUUUUGCAUGUGUACUUGCAUGCAAUUUUGUUUUUUAUUCCUAAGAUUCGAACUCAGUACUCCAAUGUUUACAACUUUCACACACUAUGCAACAAACACUUAGUACGUUAUGGUAAUGUUGGUCUAAUCUAUGAGAAGUAGGAAGUCUUUUUCUUCUUUUAAUUUGAUUAUUGAAUGAAUUAAUUACAAAUGGGGUGUAAUGUUUGUGGUUAUAAGGUGUUGACAAAAGGCAGGACCAAUACUAGACUUCUAGUUCUGUCUUACACGCCAAGAGAAGUCAUCAUUUAUUUGAAUCAAUGAGCACAUGUUUAAUAUC